ACCAUUCAAAAGAAGAAACUGAAAAACUCCCCACUCUCAGUCAUUCCCCUCUCGGCCUCUGCAACUUUUUGUUUCUCCGAGAAAUCGAAAUCGAAGACGAAGACAAAGAAGAAGAAGAAGAAGAAGCACCAUCAAUGGGCUGCGUCUCCUCCAAACUCUACCGGAAAGACCUUCAGAGAGACAUCAUCGUCAACCAUGGCGGCGACUACAUCAACCACGUCGUCUCUCUCACCUCCAGCACUUACGGCCUUCUCAAUCUCGACGCCGAUCAGAGAUCCAAGGAGUUAGUUUCUGAGGCGGCGGCGACGAAAUCGCCUCCUCGCGAAGAUCCAGAAGUGAUUAACGCUUGGGAGCUCAUGGACGGCCUCGAGGAAGGGAUUCCGAUUGCGAAUCGGGCCAAGAGAAGCCCUAAACCUAGGGCUUUUCUCCGCGGAUUGGCCGAUUUGGACCGGAGAAGUCCGCUGAAGUUUUUCAAUCAAAUCGGCACUCCGAAGAAGGCGAUUCGGUCCGCCGGGAAGGAGAAUCGUGGCAGAGGAAACGGAAUCGGACGAUUGGAUUAUAGCCCUCGGGAGAUACUGAAAGUGAACAAUGUGUCGAGGAUUUCGCCCAAAUCGGUUCUGAAAUUGAGCGUUCCGGUUAAGAGUUCGCCGAUUUCGGCGAGAAGACAGAGUUUCGGAAGCGAUUCGGGAAUUCUCUCCGCUCGACGGAGGAGUUUGAGUCCACUGUUCGAUCCAGAGCUCGUGGCGUCGUACGAGAGACAAUUAACCGAAGAAGGCGAACAAAUCAAGAGAAUAGUUUCGGAGACGCCCAAAUCUCGGGCGGCGCGACAUUUCGAAGAAUCAAAAUCCGCACUCCGACAGUUCGAGGAGCGGUGCCCGCCCGGCGGAGAAACCGCCGUCGUGAUCUACACGACGACGCUUCGAGGAAUCAGGAAGACGUUCGAGGACUGCAACAAGGUACGAUCAAUCGUGGAAUCUUACGGCAUUCACUUGGUGGAGCGAGACGUAUCCAUGGAUUCCGGGUUCAGAGAGGAGCUGAGGGCGCUGAUGGGGAGCAAGGAGGUGAAAGUUCCGGUGGUUUUUGUGAGAGGGAGGCUGAUCGGAGGGGCGGCGGAGGUGGUGAAGUUGGAGGAGGAGGGGAAGUUGGGGGUUCUGUUCGAGGGGAUUCCGACGGCGGCCGGUGGCGGCGGGUGCGAAGGCUGCGGCGGCGUGAGGUUCGUGAUGUGUGUGGAUUGCAAUGGAAGCUGUAAAGUUUUGGAUGAGACGAAGAAGAAGACGAUCAAAUGUGGUGAGUGUAACGAAAAUGGGUUGAUUCAGUGCCCUAUUUGUUCUUGAAAUUUCACCAAAUUUGACAAUUUGGGGCUUUUCAGGGAAAAUUAGAAAAUUUCCCCCUUUUUUUUUCUUUUUAAAAACUUAUUUCAAGUGUUGGAAAUGGGCUCUAAAGUUAGUUUUAGGACCUGUGUUUUGUUGGUUUUUUUUUAUUGUUUAAACUAGUUCAUCCUAACACGAUGAUUUAUUUUGACUUCAA